ACCGAUUUUCACCUCCAAUACUCUCCAUUCGAACUGUCCAGAUUUGAACAGCUAGAUCACAAUGUCGUUCUCUGUAGUUUCGCGGCAGAUUCUGCGCUCAUCCGCAAGGGCGCAACGCCGGAGCUUCAGCUCGACACCAUCUAUCAACGCAGCUGCGGAGGUCAAGAGGCUCGGGGUUAUUGGAGCUGGUCAAAUGGGUCUAGGAAUAGCACUUGUAGCAGCACAGAAAGCGAACAUCCCUGUGCGGAUAAUAGACACCUCCCAAGCCUCUCUCGACAAAGGCCUAAAAUUCGCGGAUAAGCUACUAGAAAAAGACGUUGCGAAGCAGAGGAUAUCAAAGGACGAUGCUGCGGCAGCGCGAGAACGGCUGAUCUCAGGCACAACUCUGGAUGAUCUCUCGGACGUAGACUUCGUAAUUGAAGCAGUUCCCGAAAUUCCAGAUCUGAAAGCCAAAAUCUUCGCCCAGCUCGCCCAAAUCUGCCCCUCCCACGCCAUCCUCGCAACCAACACAUCCUCAAUCUCAAUCACUCGAAUCGCCGCCUCGACUACAAAAGACCCCACCGACCUCUCCGCCUCUUCCCGUGUCAUCAGUACGCACUUCAUGAACCCCGUGCCUGUCCAGAAGGGCGUCGAAAUCAUUACGGGCCUUCAGACAUCCCAGGACACCCUCGAAACCGCCAUAGAGUUGUGCAAGAAGAUGGGCAAGAUCCCUUCGACAAGUGCCGACUCUCCCGGCUUCCUAGCCAAUCGCAUCCUCAUGCCAUACAUCAACGAAGCUAUCAUAUGUCUAGAAACCGGCGUAGGGAGGAAAGAAGAUAUCGACAGCAUAAUGAAGAACGGGACCAACGUGCCCAUGGGUCCCUUGCAGCUUGCAGAUUUCAUUGGCAUCGACACAUGUCUCGCAAUCAUGAAAGUGUUGUACGAAGACACUGGUGACUCGAAAUACAGACCAGCGGUUCUGCUGAAGAAGAUGGUGGAUGCGGGCUGGUUAGGCAAGAAGAGUGGAAAGGGCUUUUACGACUACUAGAGCAUCAAAUUUCAAUCUCAUUUGCUUCGAGAGCUUCCAAUGCCUUUGAUUCGGAGAUAACGCUAGGAAAUUAAUGUAACCCUUGUUGACCACUGCCUGAGGCGCUCCAGUGCGCUGCCAAGAUCAUCACUAUCAUUUCAAAAUCCUUCUGGAUUUCGGUAUUGAGUUACUUACAUCUCAUCUAAAUUUCUAGUAAUGGACCGAGGUACUCUGAGGAGUAAUGAGCAGUUGUGCACGUCGCACUGUUCCAGUCUGGAAUAUCAAGCGGGUGGCAUCUAGUCCAGUGUACUGAAAGUCAGCAGACGUAUCCUAAGCAG